AGUGAAAGAGAGCAUAUGAGGCGAGGAGAAGAAGCAAGAAUAUAGGAAAAAGACGUUGACAUUUCCAUACACCAAGGUAAAACCAAAAUAUUCGAUUCUGUAAUGAGAAAAUGCACCUCUUCUCCAAUGUUAUUCCACCUCUUUCUGUUUGCUUUCUCCUUUGUCUCUAUAUUAUCUGUAUUUCUCAUUGUCUCUGAGUGUGCCGGAGUCUGGUCACGUGCCCCCACAGGUCAGAACUCCCGGUCUCCUUUAAAAAUAUAUGUAUAAUAACUUUGCUCUUUUCCCAACAGUUGAAGAGAAGUGAAGAUCCCAUGAUGAAGGUUCUACCCAUUCUGGCCAUGAUGCUACUCGGGGCGUCUGCCAUGGUGCUCAAUGGCCUAAACUCCACUGGUACAGUAGCCUGCCCUCAUCAUCUCAACACCACAGUGACUGAUGUAGAUUCUCUCAAUAGAAGAUAUAUUUUGAGGGCCGGUUACUCUGACCCAGAUUAAGCCUAGUACUGGACUGAAAAGCAUGAUCAAAUGAGAAUCUUCAUGUAAAGUUCUGUGUCUGCCCACAUAAAAACAUAUAUACUAUAGUAUACAUAUAAAUACUAUAGUUUUCACUGUACCGUUUUUGCUGAUUUUAAUGUAGUAUUUACAGUUAAUUAUGGUAUAAAUACUGUGUAAAUUAUAACUGUAGUCAAAUCUGUCGAUGUGCCCUUGAGCAAGGCACUUAACCCUAAUUGCUCCUGUAAGUCGCUCUGGAUAAGAGCGUCUGCUAAAUGACUAAAAUGUAAAUGUAUAUACUUGUCACGCCCUGACUCAGGGGACGCUUAAAUGUUGAGUCAGGGUGUGUAUAUUCUUUGUUGUGCGUUUUCUAUGUUUGUGUUCUAGUAUGUGUAGUUCUAUGUUGGCCGGUGUGGUUCCCAAUCAGAGGCAGCUGUCGCUCGUUGUUUCUGAUUGGGGACCAUACUUAAGCAGCCUAUUGGCACUGUCUAGUUGUGGGAUCUUGUUCCUUGUAAGGUAUGUUGUGUGUGCUACCUUGGACUUCACGUUUUGUAUCGUUUAGUCGAGUGUUUAUUACGUUAAUAAACAUGUACGUAUAUCAUGCUGCGCCUUGGUCUGUCCCGUCAUUAAACAAGCGUGACAAUACUACAGUACUUACUGCAGUCUUUUUGUGGAUAUUACUGUAGUAUUUGUUUUAUUAUCUUUGACAUAGAAGUCGAGGCUUUCUCCUUCAGGAAACCUACUGGAGAAAUACUAAGAGCUAAUUUUCCAUAGCCUAUAGGUAGGUCUGAAAAGACCCCAGCGCUUCAGCUCUUUUCUAUAAUCUGUAGGAAACACAAUUUAAGGUCUAUACUUGGCAUGUCGGUUUCUCACCUAUGGGUGGAACAAAUUGCGAUAUGGGCGAGGGGAAUGGGCAGGGUAUAUGCAAAUAAGAUACUGUAGUAUUUACUAUAGUUUUAAAAAAUGUAGUGUUUUUGCAGACUGUAGUGUUUUUGCGGAAAUUACUGUAAUAUUUACUACUGUGUUUUUGUGUGGAUAAUACUGUAGUAUUUACCAUAGUAUUCUACAGUAUACUACAACAUUCUAUAGUAAGUACUACAAAUGGCCGUGGGAUACUACAGUGUGUAGUAUAGUAUUCUACAGUAUGCUACAGUUUACUAUGGAAUUCUAUAGUAAGUACUGUAAUAUUCUUUAGUUAACUGGAGUAUUUUCCCAUGUGGGUGGGAAACCAGCCCUGAGAGUAUAUGGACGGAGCCUCUCAUAUCCGUCCUUCUAAUCUCUCCCUUGUUCUCCCCUUUUCUUUAAGAACCUAAGCGGGUUUCUGGGAAGUUCAAGAACUUUCUCCCAUGUCCUGGCCAUUCUACCUGGUAUGAACUGGGGUCCAAAUGUGCUAAGCACUUCCAGGAACAAUUGGACUUUACAUCUGCUGAGGUGAAUUCAGACUUCUCUAUGGUUUUAGUCUACAGACCCAUGUUCUCUCAGUUAUUUAACCUUUAUUUAGGCAAGAGAGUCCCAUUGAGACCAAGGUCUCUUUUCGUUAAAGGUAGAGAAACUGUAGUGUACCUCUUUUUCUCUGCAUGAUAUGCAGAAUUAUCUAAAUUACCAUCAUAACUAACUCUCAAAGCAGCACUCUAUUUCUGGGUAUCUACACUAUUGUCUAAACAAGUUUUCAGUGUUGUGCAUUAGUGUCUAACCCUAACUCUAAAUCUAUUAUGAUGAAGACAACUCUCUAUCUUUCGCUUUCUCAUUCAUUCAUUCAUUCAUUCAUUUUCUCUCACACACACAGGCAUACUGCCGCUCUCAAAAGGACAAAUCUCAUCUGAUAUCAAUCCACUCCAGCCAGGAGAACAAGGACGUGGAUGUUUUUGCUCAGACUUUCAGCAGAAAUUCCCCUCGCAUCUGGCUCGGUGGUUUUGCAGUAUCCAACCCCAAGCAGGUGACGAUUUUAGACUGAAUAGGGGCAGUUUCCCAGACAGAGUCUAGUCCUGGACUAAAAAUAAUUAUUGAUGGAGAUUCUUUAUUGAGUCUGCUUUUUAGUCCAGGACUAGGCUUAAUCUGUAUCCAGGAAACCGCCCAUAGUGUUCACCAUUUAAAUUGAUCAUCAUUAUAAAAAAACAGGUGGGCAACCGUGUUCAUGCCACCCAACUCCUUCUGUCCUUAUGAUUGAUCGCUGUCUCUCUCUCUUUAUCUCUUUCUCUCUGUCUCUCUCUGUCUCUCUCUCUCUCUGUCUCUGUCUCUGUUUCUCCCUCUCUCAUAGCCUCACCAAUAUCUCUGGACUGAUGGGUCCAGCAUGGACUACUUUUCCUGGCUUCAGAACCCCAAGCAACCAUCCGGUGACGGAAAUUGCAUGGAAAUGAACUGGCAGCGUAAGCAAGAGAAAGCAGGGAUAAUGGGAGGGGAGGGAGGGAGGGGGUGAGGGAUGGAAGGGAGGAAGGUGGGCAGAUAGGGAGGGAGGGAGGGAGUAGGGGGCAAGGGAAAGAGUCGAUAUGAAAAUAUUUUGAAAUUACAUUUGACAUUUUAGUCAUUUUCCAGAGCGACUUACAAUAGCAAUUAGGGUUAACUACCUUGCUCAAGGGCACAUCAACAGGUUUUUCACCUAGUCAGCUCUGGGAUUUGAACCAACGCUCUUCACCGCUAGGCUACCAGCUACACCAAACCCAGUAUGCUGAUGUAUUCCGAAUUGUGUUAACUAUUGUGGAAAAGGGAGUGGGAGGUUUUUGAUUUGAAGUAUGACAGAUCUCACAAGUUUUGUAUUAUAUAGCUCAGUGGCCAUGUGGUUAGAGUGACUGUCCUGAGCUUGGAAGUUUGGGUGUUCGAUCCCAGGUUGAGUCAUACGAAAAGGGGCCAGAUUCCUCUCUGCUUGGCACUCAGCACUAAAGAGAAGGAUUGGGGGUAAGGGCCUGCGAUAGUCUAGUGUACAGGGGGUGUAUUAAACGCUACAUCGAAAGCCUCACGCUGCAGAAACAGUAGAUAGGCUCCUGCCUUUCUGGCUUGGACAAGACUACUUAGCUACUCAUAUAGCUCAAUACUCUCUAAAAGGGAUUAAUAAUGGAUAAAACUAACUUUUUUCAUUUUAUCUAUCCAUCUCAGGAAAAGGUGCAUGGAAUGAUAAGCCGUGCAGCCAAACCAAUUUCUUUCUGUGUGCCUUCAAACCUGAGGAAAGAGAGGAACUGAAUGGAGGAGAAGAAGAAGAGGGGAUGGUGGAAAAAGGGAGUGGGGGGUUUAUUAUUUAAAGUAGAUGAAAGAUGAGCAGUAUAGCAGUAUAUACUACCUGGCAGAUAAACUUUGCAUUAUAGCUUUCUCAGAUAUCACGACACCAGGACCCUGUAAAAUGUUAGAGAAAACCCACAGCUCAAAGACUAAGCCUUUGUCAGCUAAAAGUUCUCACUAUCACAGUCAGUACUGCUUCACUUGUUUGUACUAUGAAACAUUAUGCAUUGCUUGAAUAGCAAACAAAAAAGG